CAAGUUAUUAUCAAAUUGUAUCAUGGUAUCGGAGCUAAAGCUCUCAAAAACCUAGCCUCUCUUUUUUUCCGACCGCCGCCCAUCAUGGCAGCCCCGUCGGAUCCUUUGGCGUCCUUACCAUCCGGAGUAAAACUUUUGCUUCGGAGUCUCCACAACUUAAUCUCAGAAAAACUCACCGAAACAAAUUAUCCGGCAUGGUCUCUCAAUGUCCAGACAGCUCUUUCAGCUAAUCUCCUCCUUGGAUGGAUUGAUGGUCAUGAAGCAGCCCCGGCGCCAACUAUCUCCAAAAACGAUAAAACCGUCCCUAAUCCUGAGUAUACCUCCUGGACCAUCGUUGACACACAGAUCCGCGCCUGCCUCCUAGCAGUCAUCAGCCCCUCCGUUCACAAACAUGCUCGCGGCUUCACCACAUCUGCUGCCCUCUGGGAUGCUUUGGCCGCACGGUACAACUCCGUGUCCACCGCUCAUGUUUAUCAGCUUCGGGACAAACUCCACACUCUUCGUAAAGGUACCAAAACUAUGACACAAUACCUUGAUGAUGUGGCAACUAUUCUCUCGGAUCUCGAUGCCUUGAAAGAAGAGAUCCCUGAACGUGAUGUGGUGAAAGAACAACCCUUGUCCGACCACUUCUUCAAGAAUGAGGGAGGACAAUAAAAAAAAAUCACAAUAUCCCGCCGGUAGGCAUCGAAUUGUGUAUGCCCACCGGCAGGGGAAGAAGUGUGUUUGAGGUCUCAAGAAUUCAAAACUGGCUCUGAUACCAUGUUGAAAUAUUAGAAUAAUAAUAUUGCUCUCUUGAAUUAUGAAGUACAUGAUAGAGUAUAUAUAGGAGAGACUCCUAACACAACUAGGAAUAUAGAAUAGAAACUAACUAACAUACAACAUCUACCACAAAUAGGAUUAGGAAGCUGACUAAUAAUGAAAUACUACCACAACC